CUCUCGUCGCUGGUCCGAUGGCGAGUCGCUGGCGCUGACAGGCGGCCAUUUUGCUGUAGUUGGGAGUGUAUUCGCGGAAAUUGCAGACUUUCCGACGGAUUAACCGCGGCGGGUUCGUGCGAAAUUGCGCGUUCGUGAAUCCUAUGGCUUGUUUAAACACGUUGAAACAAGAGAUUCGGACUUUGGAAUCGGUAUUCGGCAAGACUCAUGAACGGUUUCAGAUUGUUUCCGCCAGUGUGGACGAACUCAGCUGUAGGUUUAUAGGGAAAAACGGGAAAAAGUACGCCAUCCACGCCAACAUAACGGAAACGUACCCGUCAGUGCCGCCGGUGUGGUUCGCCGACUCGGAGGAGACCAGUAUCACAAAUGCCGUACAAAUAUUGAGCAACACCGAGGGCGUAGACAACCACGUCGUUCACCAAGUGAUAAUACUGCUUAGAGAACUAUGUAGGCUGCACGCGGUUUCCGAACCACCCGACAUCGACAGGCUUCGGAUACUCGAUAUCCAGACUUUGAACAGAAUCGAGAGUAACAUCGAAGCGAUGGAGGACGAGGGUCUCGACAGCGACGCCGAAAUGCCGGAAAGCGACGGCGCGGCGGACGACGACACCGACGACGACGAGGACGAGGACCUCGCGAUGGAAAUGGAGGAGAGCGGCAGACCGAAAGCGGACGAAAUGGGCGUGGAGCAUCUCGCCACGUUGGAGCGUCUGCGGCAGAACCAACGACAGGAUUACCUCAAGGGAUCCGUGUCGGGUUCCGUACAGGCGACCGACCGCCUCAUGAAGGAACUUCGCGACAUAUACAGGUCGGACUCGUUCAAAAACAAAAUGUACCAGAUCGAAUUGGUGAACGAUUCGCUGUACGAGUGGAACGUCAGACUGAUGGCGGUCGAUCCCGACAGCCCGUUAUCCCACGACCUCCAGAUGCUCAAGGAGAAAGAGGGCAAGGACGCCAUCCUGCUGAACAUGUUGUUCAAAGACACGUACCCGUUCGAGCCGCCAUUCGUCAGGGUCGUGCACCCCAUCAUAUCGGGGGGCUAUGUGCUGGUGGGCGGGGCGAUUUGUAUGGAACUGUUGACGAAGCAGGGCUGGUCGAGCGCCUACACCGUCGAAGCGGUCAUUAUGCAGAUCUCCGCUACCCUCGUCAAGGGCAAGGCGAGGAUCCAGUUCGGGCCCCAGAAGGUGUGCUCGCAGGGACAGUACAGCCUGGCGCGCGCCCAGCAGAGCUUCAAGUCCCUCGUGCAGAUCCACGAGAAAAACGGAUGGUUCACGCCGCCGAAAGAAGAUGGCUAAGCAGUGUCGGCGCCGAUUUUUUUCCCUCCUCCCCCCCACCAGCCGCCCCCAUAUUGUUUUUCCCGUAGGAUUUCGCGUCCCGUGUUCCGUUCUUUGGGUCGUAACGCAGGAAGAAGAACGAACGAUCUGUUCAAAUUUCUAUUAGUGCCUAACGUUUUGACGAGCUCGGGAGAAAAGAAAAUAAAUUUAAACGCCCCACCAGGCGGGAUCAUUGACGCGUUUUUUUUGUUUUGUUUCGGAAAUUCACGUGCAAUCCAAGCUAAUCGACCAUUUUUGUUUAACGCGAGCGUCCCGACGUCAUCAUUGUUGUGAUGUUUCAUUUUACCUUCCAUUUCAUUUUUUUUUUCGUUAUUGUUAGUUUCAUUGUAGGUAGGAGGCGUGACGUCAGUUUUUUUUAAUCGGAACGCUCUAGGUUUAGGAGAGGGGCGCGUUUUUUUGUCCAGUCGGUGUCGUCCUUUAGCUUAACUCGGAGUUUUUUUUUUUUUUUCAUUUUUAGGUAUAAUUAUUUUCAAAAUCGAUGGUUAACUCUGUACAUAUAUUACGUCGUAAUACCGUGUAUCGUUUUUUGCUGUAACCUUCACUUCUGGAAACAAAACGUGCUUUGAAUUUUUAAGGCCAAUAAACCAUUAUUAUAA